AUGUUUCUUAUUGACACAAAUAACCAUAGAUGCCUAUUUGAACAAGGUGUAAUUGGCCAAAAGGGUCAAUCGUGGUCUUUGAAGGCUAAACUUUUACUAAAACGGGCUGAAAAUAAAAUGGCUAUCAAGUCUAUUAUUGACCAAUCAUUUAGUACCAUGAUCAAAUCAGUAUAUGGCACGGCUAUACCCUCACAACACCGGGCGUCAACCCCGACAGUAUACAGCCGUAUUCAACGUCAGGUCUAUGAGCUGUUGUACGCGCCCACCGGUGCCCUGUCCUAUGUAUACCACUUAUUGGUGUUUGUAUUGGUGUUGUUGUGUUUGGUGCUAACAGUGUUGGUCACUGUACCCCGAUUUGAGACCACCUGUUGGCCAAUUAUGGCGGCCAUAGAGUGGGUGAUUGUCGUCUGGUUUGGUAUAGAGUUUUUAAUCAGAUUAUGGGCCAACGGUUACCGGCGGCAAUACCGGGGCUUUCGGGGUCGGGUCUUGUACCUACUCUGGUGGCAGACUAUAAUGGACUGCGCGGUGUUAGCCGUAUCGGUGGGCGUAUUGUUUACACCGCGAUCGGCGCAAAACGCGCACGUUGUGUACGCGGCCGCAGCCCUGCGCGGUAUUCACCGUUUUUUCCAAGUCAUACGUAUAGUAUCAGCCCAAAGACGUGGCUUAUAUGGUGUCGCCAGUGGUCAGCGACCCUUCCGGCCAUUUAACCUAUUUUGGUCUGUCAUUAAAUCGCAGGGCAAAGAGUUGGUCAUUAUUUGUUACAUUUGUUGUAUUGUAUUUGUCUUAUCGGCUUAUCUUAUAUUUGUGACCGAGAGUCCAGACAAUCCAGACUUUGCCACAAUUGGCCAGAGUAUGUACUGGGCGUUAGAAGCCAUGUAUACGCUUGGCAAUUAUGCACCGAUAACAUUACCGGGCAAAAUUGUCGCCUCGUUGGUCAUAACAUUUGGCGUAUGGCUAUUUGCAAUACCGGCGGAUAUUAUCGGCACGGGUUUGGCCAUUAAAAUCCGUCAAAACGAGAUAGAUUAUCGAACUAGGGCUCAAUUGGUGCCAGCGGUUCAGCUUAUACAGGCUUACUGGAGGUACCGACACUAUUCCGUUCACCCGCCAACCAUUCAGCCAACGGUUUCGUGGUUUACGGCCGGCGAUCGGGUGAUAGCGGACCGGAUGGAGCGUAAUGUCGUGCGAUUCGUGCGGCGCUUACGUCUGUUUCGCGCCGUACGUGUGUUUAGUGCAACGCGCCUUAAGGUUAAUAUGCGUGACCUAUGCGAACGCAAUCGUAGCCAAAACGUGGUAACGUUGACCACAAUUAAUUCGUUAAGGUCGGAGGUGAAGGACCGGAAGGUACGCCACGCGAGUACUGUCACCACUUUGAUGGACAGGAUGGCCAACAUUGAGGCCGCAAACCGAGAAAUGACCCAUAGGUUUGAUUUGUUGGAGAAUUUGCUAAAUAAUCAUCUGAAACAUUAA